GGCUCUGCUUGUCAGUCAGACUUUGAACAGUGCACUGGCGCUCAUCACUGCUAAUCUCCGGCCGCUGCUUGUCAUCAACGACGCUGCCACUGCUGCCGCUGCUGACAGUUACCACCGACCAGCUUUAGAAAUAUAGAUUAGGAUGAACAGUUGCUGAGAUACGGCGAGGAAACCCGAGGGCAACACCGCAGGGACCGAGCGGAGAUUAAACGUUAGUGACGCCGUUUAACAUUUACUCCGGAGUUGCAAUGGUCCAGUUGAGGGAUAUUUUCCUAGCCUUGUGUCUCGUGGGCUGUACAGUGUCACUGGAAGUGCAGAUCACACCAAGUCAUGGUGAGAUUAGUCUUGGAGAGUCCAAAUUCUUCAUGUGUGAAGUUGUAGGCGUUGCCAGGCACAUAGACUGGUUCGGACCAAGUGGGGACAGGAUAGAACCGAACAGACCAGACAUAACAGUAACCCGUAACGAUGAGUCAUCCUCCACCCUCACACUUUAUAAAGCUGGGACUGAAAAUGCAGGGACAUACAAGUGUGUCGCAACUAAUGGAGACCAGCAAGGGGAGUCAACCGUCAAAGUGAAAAUCUUUCAAAAAAUCACCUUCACAAAUGCACCCUCGCCCCAGGAGUUUACAGAGGGAGACAAUGCUGACAUUAUUUGUGACGUCGUCAGUUCCCCCCCACCUACUGUCCUCUGGAAAUAUAAAGGAGCAAGAAUACAGAUGGAAAAAGAUGUUCGCUUUAAGGUACUGAGCAACAAUCACCUUCAAAUCCGUGGCAUAAAGAAGACAGAUGAGGGCUCGUAUACCUGCGAGGGUCGCCUCAUGGCCCGCGGCGAGAUUGAUCUGCGGGUCAUCAAGGUCGUUGUGAACGUGCUCCCGACCAUCAGGGUAUGGCAGUCAGAAGUGAAUGCCACAGCAGAUGUCGGGCAGCCUGCCAUGUUGACUUGUGCUGUGGAUGGCUAUCCUGAACCCAUGGUGACAUGGACAAGGAACGAAGUGGUUCUCGAGGCAGGAGAGAAGUACAGCUUUAAUGAUGAUGGCUCUGAAAUGACAUUAAUGGAUGUUACCAAACUGGAUGAGGGCGACUACACCUGCAUUGCCAGGAACAAGGCUGGGGAGAGUGAGCAGGAGCUCAGUCUGAGAGUGUUUGUCAAACCUAAGAUCACGUACAUCGUAAACCAGAGCAUUUCCGAGAUGGAGGAGCAGGUAACGCUGACUUGUGAGGCGUCAGGAGAUCCAACGCCCACCAUCAGCUGGAGCGCCGGUGAGCGCGUCUUCACCGAAGGAGAGCAGGCACAUCUAAACAGGAUCUAUCAGGCAUCGUGGACUCGGCCAGAACAACACAAGAGUCUGGAUGGAAAUGUAGUGGUAAGGAGUGAUGCUCGUGUGUCCUCCCUCACUCUGAAGUAUGUCAAGUAUACAGACGCGGGUCAGUACCUCUGCACGGCACGCAGCGCCAUUGGAGAGGAUGAUAAGCUGGCAUAUCUGGAGGUCCGCUAUACCCCUAAGAUCCACGGUGCAGUGGCAGUGUACACCUGGGAGGGAAAUGCUGUUAAUAUCAGCUGUGAGGUCAUGGCUCAUCCCAGUGAUGUAUCUAUUAUAUGGCUGAGAGAUGGACUGCAGCUCCCCAACUCAAACACUACCAACAUCAAGAUCUUCCGGAGUCCAUCAGCCAGCUACCUGCAGAUAACCCCCGAGUCUGAAAAUGACUUUGGGAGCUAUAACUGCACUGCUUCAAAUGAGAUGGGCACUGAGGCCAAGGAGUUCCUGCUCAUUCCGGCCGAGGUGCCAUCAGCUCCAUCCAUCAGUGAGGUGAGACCCUUCUCCACCACGGCACAGAUUCAGUUCGAGGAGCCAGAAUCCACCGGAGGUGUUCCUGUCUUGAAAUACAGAGCAGAGUGGAGGGCUCAGGGCAGGGGCGGCUGGGUGCACCGAGUCUAUGAUGUCCAAGAUGGCUACACCAGCGAAGCGACCAUCACAGGCCUGAAGCCAGAUACCAGCUACGAAGUGAAGUUGUCAGCCAUCAACGGCAAGGGUGAAGGUGAAAGCAGCCCCGCUGAGUUCUUCAAGACGGAGCCUGUCCGGAAUCCGAAUCCUCCUAAACUCCAAGGGGCUCUUCAACCCAAAGGCAACUCCCUCAAAGUCAGCUGGAUCAAGCAGGACGAUGGUGGCUCGCCCAUUUUACAUUAUCUUGUCCGCUUCAAACCAGUACAGGUGUCCGAGUGGAAACCAGAAAUCCGGCUGCCCAGCGUCAGCGAGUAUGUGAUUCUCAGCGGUUUGGAUUGGGACACCGAGUACAAUGUUAAUGUGGUGGCAGAGAAUCAGAAGGGCAAGUCAGAGCCAGCUACCAUGUCCUUCAGGACGGCCACAGAGCCAGAGGCCAUCCCAGAUUUGGGUGAUGAGGCAGCGCUCUCCAUGGGCAUCAUGCUCUGGGCAGGGAUCCUUGUUGUUGUAUUUGUACUCCUGCUGCUAGCUGUGGAUGUCACCUGUUACUUUGUCAACAAAUGUGGCCUCAUCAUGUGCCUCUGCGGUAAAUCAGGCACAGGGACCAAAGGGCACAACUUGGAGGAGGGCAAGGCAGCCUUCAUGAAAGAUGAGUCCAAAGAGCCAAUAGUGGAAGUCAGAACAGAGGACGAAUGCACAGCCAAUCAUAAUGCAGCAGGACCGACAGAACCCAAUGAAACCACACCUCUCACGGAGCCAGAGCUGGCGGCUUUCACUGCUGCUCUGGCACUGGACACCCUCUCCUCCGUAGCCACCAACUCUGACACAGCCACUGCAACAAACGAUCCCGCUCAGGACAGCCCCUCUAGCGAGACCACUACCCUCACUUGUAGCCUGUCUACCCCGGCCAACGACCCCUCACCCACCCCUGUCCUGGCCCCGGCCCCGACUCCAGAGUCGAACACGGCCCCGUCGACUCCCCUCAUCUCCACUUCUGCCGUUGAAGCUAAAAUGGCCCCAUUAGUAGAACAAAGAGGAAGUAACACCCCAGAAGAACCGGAGAAAAUAACCACUCCUCCUUGCACCCCUGAACGGACUAAAGCUCAAAAAUCUGGGACACCAAUACCACCGAAGCGUAGACAUUCUCCUAAGCUUGCCGCUGAGAAAGCUAAAGCUAGCCCACCUGUAUCUCCACUGGCUGCGCCUUCCUCAUCAUCCUCUCCCAUUCCUGAGACCAAGAAACCUGCUCCAAGGCCACCGGUCAACAAGCUUCCCAUACAGUCACACACUGUAGCCUUAGACACCGAGACGCCAGUACAGACUGCCUCUGCUCUAGCAACCACUGCCCUUCCAAAACCAGACCCUGAUUCAAAUACAGCUGUCCCAGAUCCCAGUGGGUGUAGUCUUACUGCCUUUGACACUAAUAAUAAACCUGCUGAUCAAACUGUUGAUGAUAACACUGCCAAAGAUGCUGCAACCAGCUCUCCCCCAGUGAUCCACGGUGCUCUUAAAGUCCUGGAUGCUGAAGAACAUGCUCCUCUAGUUGCAAACGUCCCCUCUCCUUUACCUGUUACUGCUAUUUCCUCUCCUCCUGCACCCGCCAGUGUUGAGGCGCCGGUUUCAAAUGAUCUCCUCACAACGCCGCCAGACAUGUACGACUUUCUAAACCUAAAUGUAGUGCCCAGAAAUGCGGAUUUAGAGUUAGAGCUGACAAACGGGACGAAAAGAGCCUCCCAAAUCCCCGCAGACCUUAUUAGUUUAGAGAGCCCGCCCUCUGCCCCCUCUCUGCCCAAUGGAGACGGAGCAGACCUCCCCCCCUCAGGCCCAGUUCUGGAGGCGUCAGAGACUCUGGCCAAGACUGCUCCUCCUGUCAACGAUGAGAAGAUUUUUUCUGAUGAGAAAGGCAAACUGGGGGAGGCAGAGUUAUCAAACGCCAUGACGGAGAUCUCUGCAGAACACAACAGUAUCAUACAGACAAAAACCUCCGAGAGCAAAGCAUGAUGGGCCGGGGAAACCCCAGCCCAAUCCAAAACAUUUUGCAGCAACAACAAGCGAGAAACACUGCAGAAGUUUUGAUUUCCAGUGCCCUUAACUACAGUACACAUUCAAAACAACUCACACGUGUCGAUUGGUUAGAGCGCACUUUAACUGUGCUUUCAUUUCUGGUUUCAUUCAUGAAAUGUUUACUACACCCAAUGAGUUUAUCUUUAGAUCAUAAGAGAUUCAUUUUAUUUUUUUAUUGUUAUUUUAUUUAUCCAGUCAGGACGAUUAAGGACAAUCUCUUAUUAUAAUGACGGCUUGGUAAAUAUAUACAAUUACACUCCACUUUUUGUUCUCUGCUUUGAGUUUGCAUCGCAAUUGCGCACAAGUAUUGGAUUAUUAUCAGAAAUGUAAAAAGGAAAAAAAAAAAAACCUGACUAUAUAUAGAAAUUAUUUUUCUUAUUUUCAUGUUCUACUGUUCAAAUGUAAAACUGUUUGCAUUUUUUAUUUUAUUUUAUUUUGGACUGUUACUUUGUGGGCUUGUCUCAUUAAAUAGAUUGUUUUGCAUGUCUGACCUGCAAGUGGUUGUAAAGUUUUGUUUAUAAGUUUAUUGUUUCAUUUUGUCUGUUACAGGGAUGUUAAGCUGGCAUUGAUUAAAUACAGGCCCGACUUCAAUGUUUGGAUUAUAACCAUAUUUGUUAUGGUUGUAAAAAUACAGGAUGAACCCACAGGCAGCUGCAGGGGGAAAGAGACUAAGAGAGAGAAUCCCUCGACACAUCGACAAUGUGCAUGAUCAGAUCAGAUUUGGAGCAUUUUAUGAUCAAAUAUAUUCAGUCUAUCACUGCCUUACCACAGUGCUGGGUAAAACAUUCAUUAUUGAAAUGGAUUUGAUUCCAAAAAAAAAAAAAAAGGCAACUCACUGAACACAAACAUCCACAGAGAGACAAAACUGCCAGCAGAACUGCUGAUUCUCAGCUAAGGGGUUGAAGAACUGUGAAUCUUAUGAUCUAGAGCUAAAUUUACGCCACGUAUUUGUUUGGGGGGCAACAACUACGAUGGCUACUGUUUCUUCCUCACAUUAAAGCAGAUCAAAGGUCUGGCUUUGUACUUUGAGUUGUGCGUUUGAAGCAAAAAAAAAAAAGAAUAAAAACUCUAAAAAGCAUUUUUGUACUAUUUAAAAACUACAAAGAUUUCUUUUCCAUUUCCUGCCUGCAAGCUUGUGCACUGUGCCUGUGUGUCAAUAGAUUGUCUUGUCAUCAGUUUCUAUGAUAAUCUGCAUAGCUUUGUCGUGAGAGAUUUAGCCUAUUCUUUUUAUUUAAUAUAUUGUAUUAUUAGAAGAAAAGUACGAUAAAUGGACUAAUGUGGUCAUUAUAACACGUGUAGUGUAUGAAACUGUCCGUCUCUGGUCGCAGCACUAUAUAUUGCCAGCUAAAGUGAAGGAAGGUGUUUUGAGCCUUGGCAUGAAUUCAGUCAGUACUUUAUAACAUAUAACUACAAGGCAGAUAGACGUGCCCAUGUUUGUUUGGGGGAAAUAGUUCUCAUAUUGAUUUAAUGAGUGUUACCUUUGGGGCUUGUUCCGGCAUUACUACACAUUAUUUUUAAUUUAUCUCCCCCAGUUGUUAUUCAAGUGUUCUGUAAUGUGGUCUUUGAAUUUUCUUUUUUUUAGUUUUUGUCUUUUUUUGUACAAAAAUCACUCACCAAGAGCGACUGCUUGACAAGUUCAGGAUGAACAUUGGCAGGAAGCAGGGUGGUCCCACUUGAAACAAAACAGGAGGUCAGACUUUUUUUUUUUUUUUUUUUUUU